CCAGAAUUCAGACCCAUUUGGGUUUGCAGAAGCUGUAGCCAUCACGCCCUCUAUCGUUCUUCUUCUGCUGUAACUGAACUUUAACCAUGGAAGAAGAAGAUGACUAUUCUGAGUACGUACCUGUGGCGAAGCGGCGAGCUAUGGAAGCUCAGAAGAUUCUUCUGCGCAAGGGAAAGUCUUCCGGGCUUGAAGAGGAUUUGGAGAAAUCAAAGCUUGCUGAAGCCAAACCUAGUCUCCUUGUUAAAGCAUCACAGUUGAAGCGUGAAGCUCCUGAGAUUACUCCAGCCGAGCAGAUGGUGCAACAAGAGAAAGAAAUGAUUGAGAACUUAUCGGAUCGCAAAACGCUUAUGUCAGUUCGUGAAUUAGCAAAGGGCAUCACUUAUACGGACCCUAUACCAACAGGCUGGAAAUCCCCGUUGCAUAUAAGAAGGAUGCCAAGCAAGCAAUGUGAUUUAGUCCGAAAGCAAUGGCAUAUCAUAGUUAGUGGUGAAGAUGUUCCACCACCUAUUAAGAAUUUCAAGGAUAUGCGAUUUCCUGAACCGAUUCUGAAGAUGUUGAAAACCAAGGGGAUUGUUCAACCAACCCCAAUUCAGGUGCAAGGUCUUCCAGUGAUUUUAUCAGGGAGGGAUAUGAUUGGUAUCGCAUUUACAGGUUCAGGAAAGACAUUGGUUUUUGUGUUGCCGUUGAUUAUGGUGGCAUUGCAAGAGGAGAUUAUGAUGCCAAUUGUUCCAGGUGAAGGGCCUUUUGGAUUGAUUAUUUGCCCAUCAAGGGAGCUCGCAAGGCAGACUUAUGAAGUGGUGGAAGAGUUUCUCAUUCCUUUGAGAGAGGCUGGAUAUCCAGAGAUAAGGCCUUUGCUCUGUAUUGGAGGAGUGGAUAUGCGGUCACAGUUGGAGAUUGUGAAGAAAGGCGUUCAUAUAGUUGUUGCUACUCCUGGAAGGUUGAAGGAUAUGCUUGCAAAGAAAAAAAUGAAUCUCAAUAAUUGCAGAUAUCUGACUUUGGAUGAGGCAGAUAGAUUGGUAGAUUUGGGCUUUGAGGAUGACAUAAGAGAAGUGUUUGACCACUUUAAAGCUCAACGACAAACACUGUUAUUUUCAGCCACCAUGCCCACAAAAAUUCAGAACUUUGCUAAAAGUGCUUUGGUAAAACCUGUCACUGUAAAUGUGGGAAGAGCUGGAGCAGCAAAUCUUGAUGUGAUUCAGGAGGUUGAGUAUGUGAAGCAAGAGGCCAAGAUUGUUUACCUUCUUGAAUGUCUACAAAAGACCCCACCUCCAGUUCUAAUAUUUUGUGAAAACAAAGCUGAUGUGGAUGACAUUCAUGAAUAUCUUCUGUUAAAAGGAGUGGAAGCAGUGGCCAUUCAUGGAGGGAAGGAUCAGGAAGAGAGAGAGUAUGCCAUUUCUUCCUUCAAGGCAGGGAAGAAAGAUGUCUUGGUUGCCACUGAUGUUGCCUCCAAGGGUUUGGAUUUUCCUGAUAUUCAACAUGUCAUAAAUUAUGAUAUGCCACCAGAAAUUGAAAACUAUGUUCACAGGAUUGGACGAACUGGAAGAUGUGGCAAGACUGGAAUAGCAACGACAUUUAUAAACAAGAAUCAAACUGAGACAACUCUUCUUGAUUUGAAGCAUCUCUUGCAAGAGGCAAAACAAAGGAUUCCACCUGUUUUGGCCGAGCUUAAUGAUCCAAUGGAAGAUGUGGAUGCAAUUACCGAUGCAAGCGGAGUUAAGGGUUGCGCUUAUUGUGGUGGGCUUGGUCAUCGUAUCCGUGAUUGCCCCAAACUAGAGCAUCAGAAAAGCAUGGCAAUUGCUAGCUCUAGAAGGGAUUAUUUUGGAUCUGGUGGUUACAGAGGGGAAAUAUGAUAGUUUCACUUACACCUGUCUGACUGUUCACUUUACAAGUCGAGAAGUUUCUUCUUCAAGAAUCCUCAACCGCUCAUUUAGUUCUUCAACUUCACUGUUGCACACUACAGCUUUACUUGUUGAACAACCAAGAAGCAGCGGUUUCGUCACUGCCUUUUCAGCAACCCAAGUCCUUGAAUCCUGCAAUGGUUUUUUCCCAUUUGACCUGGCCUCCAAAUUGUACCGAUACGAUUCUCUUUCCUUUUCGAUCCUUUGGCGCUCCGGCAUGGAACCAUUGUUAACUCUUUGCUCACUACUGCUUGCACACUUCCAUGUCGAAAGCUUCUUGAUUGAUGAACAUAUUUCGAACUCAUGCUUGACAGUUUCCAUUCCAAUAUUUAUUCGUAGAUAUAUGUGUAUAUAUAUAAAGACACACACAAAAUACUAAGGACUUUCCUUGGAACUUAGCAAUUUGGCCUGAACUUAAUUAUAUGCGUGCGGCUUCCGAGAGGCCAUUUAAAGAA